CGCAGAACAUGGCGUCGCAUUCAAACAGUCACAGCGUGUUCAUGUAAACACUCACUGUAAAACUUUCAUUUCAGGAAAACACAUAUUGCGAAUGUUUUAUAUCAAAGCGGAUAAUCUACUUUAAAUGCGUGUUAAUGGUGUCAGACUUAUAACAUUACAUUGAACUAAUGCCUUCUGAAUUACCUGCUGCCCGGCAACGACAUGGCAACCGGGUCAAACGUGGUAAAAACAACAGUCAGAUGGUUUCCACCGUGCGGGCGUCUCACCCACCUGAGGUGACCCGGUCGACCCGAGACUCACAAGAAGAGAUCAACAGACUCAAAGAAGAGAUUGAUCGGUUGCAGACAGACAGACAGGUCCGUGAGAGGGAGACAGGUGAUGAUGAGUUUACUCUCACUGCAGAACUGAGAUGGAAACUCAAUCAACUGGAAAAAGAGAAACUACAUUUCAGUACUAAAUACAACAAUGAGGUAUCCCAGUAUGAAGCUCAGAUUGCUCGGCUACGGGCGCAGGUGGAGCGAGGAGAAGCCCAGCGACAGACGCUGGAGUAUGAUGUUGCCGUGGUGAGGAGGGAUGCUGCAGCUGAGAGGAGAGAAACUGAAGAGAAGAUGAGAGACCUGAAAGAACACAAUCUAAAACUGGAAGUCCUCAGCUCAGAGCUACAUCAGACAGUGUCCGAUCUACAGAGAUCUUUGGAGAUAACACAGAAAGCACGCGAGGAUGAUCGACAGGACCUCCAGACGCAGCUGCGCGAGAGAGACCAUCUACUGCAAAACUUGAGCGCUGAGAACGACCGUCUGCAAUCUGACAAGAUCCGGCUGGAGACCUUAAUUCAAGAACAGAACGACACUCUACAGAAGAUGAAAGAAGAAAUGGAGCGAUUAAAAAGAGAAAGAGAGAAAGAUGAAGAAAAACUAAGAAACAAAUCAACAGAAGUGCAGCACAGCAUUGAGAGAGAAGAGAAACUGCGCUCAGAGCUGAAGUCGGCACUGGAGAAAGUGAAGGUUUUGGAGCAGAACAUUGAGUUGGAGCGCGCCGCUUACCUGGAGUCUAAGUUCAACUCUGAGAUCAUCCAGGUGAGGAUGAAAGAUCUUGAGAAUGAUCUCAGGAUGGAGAAGAACAGUCACGCUGAUGUUAUCUCCAGUCUGGAGCUGCUGAAGCAGAAGUUUGGUGAGGUGGAGAGCGCAUACGCUCAUGAAAGAGACCAAUCACAACACAUCACACACAAACUUGCACAGAUGGAGAAAGAGUUCUUGAACAUGAAGACUGAUCUGAUUGGUCAGCUGGAUCAAGAGAAGGCAGGAUCUGCUGAUCUCAUUGGUCAGUUAGAGCAUGAAAGGGCGGAGUCACAGAAGCUAUCAGUCAAACUACAAGAGCAGGACAGAGUUUUUACAGAGAGACAAGAAGAAAUCAACCAGGUAAAGAGGUCUCUAGCGUGUGUACAGGAGUCAUAUGACGGUGUGUUGUGUGAUAUUGUUGGCGUGUUACAGGAGUAUCAUCAGCCGGGGGAAGCACACACUUAUACAGAAGAGGGAGAUAAACCCAAAGCUUCUGCUUGGCUGGACACCCUGAGGAGAACAUUACACAACUACCACACACAGUUGCAGGAGACGAUGAUUGUGAUGCAGAAGUUAAAUCAUGAGAUCUUAAUGAAGGAUGAGAAGAUUACAGAUCUACAGAAGCACAUACAGGAGUCUGAGGCACGUGGUGUGUGUGUAAAUGAAGAGGUUAAGCGGUUGCGUGUGUGUGUCGCAGACGCUGCAGCUGAUGCAGACAGAGCUCAGAAAGAUCUGCGCAGACUCACACACCAGCUGCAGGAAGAGAAAACACAACACGCACAAACACAAACACAGAUGAACACAAUUCAACAACAGCAUCAGAGAGACGGUCAGGAGAAGUUGACAUUCCUGCACAUGUUGUAUCAGCGUUUAGUCGCUGGAUGUGUACUGAUGACGCCUGCACACAGCAUGCUGGGUAGUUUUUCAUGGGCAGAGCUUAGUGCAAUGGUACAGGAGCAUGUGGACAUAUUGACCUCUGACCUCAAUGCAGCCAAUCAGAAGGUGUUGUAUUUGGAGAGUAUGUGUGAAGGAAGAUCUGCAGCGCUGGAGGCUGCGAGUGAUAAACUGAAACAGAGAGAGAAGAUGUGGAUUCAACAACGUGAAGAUCUCAACACACAACAUGCACACAAUAACACACAGCUACAGCACAGAAUACAGGAUCUCAGCAGGCAGCUGGAAGAAGCCGAGGGUCGUGUCCGCUGUCUGGAGUGCUCUCAGUCUGAGCAUGAACAGGAAGUGACACGUCUGCAGGAGUUAUUGAGCGCGUGUGGACGUGAGGAGGCGUGUCUGUUGGCGGCGUGUGGCGUGCUGGUGGGUUGUGUGCGUGCCCUACGCAGACAGGUGUGCUGGUUGGUUUGGCAGAAGUCUGUGCUGCAGGAGCGCGUUAGAGACGCAGAGGUUCUGCAGACGGACGUCAGCACGUUGCUGCACGCGCUCCGUGACAGUGGGGUCAAAGGUCAGUCGGAAGUGAAAGGGCCGGCGAUGCGUGCGUUUCGACGUUGCGUGAUCGCAGUGCUGGCGGCUGGACGUCUUCGUGCGCUCGGGCGGAGCUCUUCCAUGCUGUUCCGCGUCUCCGUGGGUUACGGCAGGCUGCCCGAUGUGUGUGUGAGCGAGGUGAGGGUCAGAGAGAAAGAUGAAGAUGAAGACAGCAGAGUGACGAAGACGCUGAACUCCUCUGAACUGCUCGUGCUCAUACACACCUGUAUGGAGGGGAUACAGGAAGAGCUGAGCACAAGAGAUGGUGUGAUGUCUGCAGCUCAGAGCAGAUGUAGAAAACUGUUUGAACGGCUGCUGUCAGAUGUGGACGCUCAAUGUUGUGGGCAUUAUGGGAACGGCUCACUGGCACGACGUCUAGGUGUCGGACUCCUCAAGCUCACAAAUGACCAACACACCAAACACAGCUACACUAACAGCAAGGUCCUGGUGGCGUCUCUGCAGAAACAAAUCCUGGAGUUCACACAGCGUCUACAUUCAGCUGAAGUGGAGCGCAGGAACCUACGACUGCAACUCUCACGCACUAAACACAAAGACACACACACUUUAUGUGUUCCUGUACAGCAGUUUGAGAGUGUGUGUAGUGAGCUCAGUAGUGCACUAGAAAGGGAAGAGUGUGCUCAGCGUCUGCUGCGAGAUCAAGCCACACACCUGCAGCGGCUGGACAUCAGUAUGCAGCUACACGCAGGAGAACAGCUGGAGAAGAACCAGACGCUAACACACGCUGUACAGAGUCUAUCAGAUGCUAAACUGGAGCUGAAGAGGAAACAUCAGUCACUGACAUCAUUACAGAAACACUUCAGCCAAUCACAGCAGGAGAAAAAACAACUACAACAAACCAUCAAGAGCGCUGAGAACGCACUGCGUACAGCAGCAAAGAAUAGAGACUCUCUGAUGAGCUACAUCAGAUCUGUGGAGGAUCAUUUAAAGGAGAUGAGAGAUGACAUCAUCGUGAGGAGGGGCGUGUCCUCACAGGAUCAUAUUCCUCUACAUCGGCCUCUCCUCCUGCCAGAACACAAUAACAUUAUUAAAACCCCACAGACUGAAGCGCUUCAGAGUUUGGUCAGAAGUUUCCUGGAGCUCUUUCAGAUGAUGUACUCUAAGAUCUCAUGUCAGGAGCGAGAAAUCUCCUCUUAUCAAUCUCACAUUACACAGAACACGGCUGUUUUAUGAGAAACAUGUGAUGAUGUCACUGUCACGUCUUCUGCUACUACUGUUACUGUAUCUGUAAGAUAUCUCACUGAUGAUUGGCUGUUGUUAUUCACCCUCCUUAACAUUAAAUGAUUGUUGAUUUGUAAAUGA